GGAAACGCGAGUGCAGCGGAUCACCGAUUUUUCGCGCGGGAGCAAAUAUUUGAGGACAUUCUUUUUGUGGAGGAUUGUAAUGAGGAGAAAUGGCCGCGGGAUCGAGUAUUCACUUGGCAGUGCUGGCGGGCGUGUUAGCGACCGGUGGCGGCGUUUUUGCCAAACUUUCCGGCUACUUUGCCUUCACGGGCGACCUGUGGAGCCCAAUAGCUAAGCUGUUACUGCUGGGCGCCAUGGUGGUCAGCAACACGUUGGGCUGCACGCUGUUCGUCAAAGCGAUGGUCGGGUCAAGCUCGUCCCUACCGGCCACCGUGGCCAGCUCAACCGUCAACUACUUUUGCUCCGCACUGCUGGGCUGGCUGGUGUUCGGGGAGUCGACGUCGCUGACCUGGUGGUGCGGCACGACCCUCGUGCUCCUGGGACUGCUGUGCAUCUGCAACUCACCCGAGUCAAACGAAGUGGUGACCGAUGAUUCGAAAAAACUCGCGGACACUUCUGGUAUCCAAGAAGAAGAAGAUGAUGAUACGAAAUUCAAGCGCGAAUAG